GCCAGAUAAUCAACCUACUGCUGAAUAACCAUGAAAGAGACGAGGUAGCUGCCCAAGUCUGAGAUAAAAACUGAUUUCAAUGGAUACAAAAUAUAAAGACGAUUUAUUUAGGAAGUAUGUACAGUUCCAUGAAUGCAAACUGAAUGCCUCUGACAACAAGCAGCGUCCUAUUAAUGAUGAGUAUUUGCGAGUGGCAGCGGCAGCCUUACUUUGCCUUCCCAAAAUUGAUCCCUUUUAUAGAUUCCGGUUGAUAAAAUUUUACGAGAUGGCUGAAAACUCACUGAGAUCUGUGAAAUCCUCAAGUUUACAUUCUCUCCAUAAUGCAUUCAGCAUGCUCGAGACAGUUGGAAUCAAUCUCUUUCUUUACCCCUGGAAAAAGGAGUUCAAAAAUAUUAAGACCUACACUGGACCCUUUGUUUAUUAUGUAAAGUCUGCUCUAACUGAAGAUGAUGUAAGGCAGAUUUUGAACUACAUGGGCUAUGUCCAAGAACUGGGAACAAUGUAUAAACUCAAAGAGCAGGUUGAUGCCAUUCAAGUGAAAAUGGUUUCAUUUGAACUCUUUUUGGCCAAAGUGGAAUGUGAGCAGCUUCUUGAAAUUCACUUGCAAGUGAAGGAUAAAGGUUAUUCAGAGAUUGAUGUCAUAAAUGAACGAAAAAAUAGCAGUGAAGAUGUUAGAGGCUGCUCAGAAGCCAUGAAACGGCGUGCAGAGUGCAAAGAAAACUUAAACACUUCCAUGGCACGAAUGGUUCUCCAGAAAUCAGCGAGUGAACGGGCCUCUAAAGAUUAUUUCAAGCCAAAGGUGAGCAAGCCUUCUAAAUCAGUGGACACAUACGAUAAUUAUUGGGAAAGUAAGAAACCACCUUUGAUGAGCUCGCUGAGUCUCAGGAAAGAACCAAUUUUAGUUGAUGCGGAAGAUGACAUUAAAGAUGAAAUUAUCCGUCCAUCACCCUCUCUUCUGACAGUGUCAAGCUCCCCACACGGGUGUUCAGAUGAAUUCUUGCCAACUUCAUCUCAUCACAAUGGCAUGCUAAGAUCAAAUGUCCCUUACAGCUCCUAUUUUUCUGCUCAAGAGGACUUAGAUUUAUAUACUGAUCCCGAUUCUAGAAGUAUGUUAAAUUUUAAAAGACAAGAAGCUAUUAAGCCUGAUGUAUGGGUGUUAAAAAAUGAUGCCAACCCUGUUUACCACAAACGCACCCACCUAGCCAAAGAGACAGCUUCCCUCAAGUGCCAAAACUGUGGCGUACCUUGUGGCACUUCUGUUUGCCAAAAGUGUGACAAUCUGUUCAACUCUAGGCAGGAAUAUCCAGCAGUGAAACAGAGCACCUAUUCAAUCAAACCACUUCCAAAUGAUGGCUUGUCUCCUGCGUCUGCUUUAAGGGAGAAAUCUCAGUACACGUCACAGACUCAGAGUCAAGAGAGAGCUGCUCAAUUCAGUUCAAAAUCCAAACCUUCAGGCACCUCGCGCUGCGGCUUUUGUAACCGGUCUGGAGCUGCAAACACUUGCACGUUUUGCUCAAAAGUCUCAUGUGACACUUGCCUCAAUGCUUACUAUUACGAUCCUUGCUGUAGAAAAAGUGAGCUUCACAGAUUCAUGCCUAACAAUCAGUUAAACUAUAAAUCGUCCCAGCUGUCCCAUGUAGUUUAUAGAUAG